AUGGCCAAGAAGGGAAUGGAGAAGUUUGCUCGGCGACACGAUGGGGGCCCACUGCCUGAGCUCAGAGUGCCGGUGCCGGGACCCGCUGCAGGAACCAAAAAGCAGCAUGGAAUCAAGACCGAGCACCGGGGUGGACCUGAUGGCUAUGACGGUCGAGGCGUCGAAGCUGGCGACGAUCGUAUAGCUCCUUUCUAUGCCACAGAUGGCGGCAGCUUUGAUGACACCGCGGCAUCUCACAAUGCAGAACAUGACAACCAGGCGAGGGACCAGCAAUCUGCAUACCACGAGGACCAUUACCGGACAACACACGCAAAAGCAGCUGAUUACUACGUGAGCGAAGAAGAACGCAGCAUUGCAGAUGAUGAGAUGGACCAUGGCGAAGUGGAUGAGGCACAGCAGUCAGAUCCCCGGGCACCUCAGCACCAGCAGAAUGUCCAAGGCGUCCAAGACCAUCUUCGCGACGAUAACGAUGGAGCCCGAGUCAUGCCUGAUGGUAACAGACUUGGGGUAAUGUCUGGAGACUCCUACCCGAACACUACCUCGGGCAACCCUUCCACGGUGGGACCGGACGAAGCUGAACACGCUCUUGCUGGCCGAGUAGGAUAUGAUGAAGCGCCUUCUAAGCCAAUGCAGAUACGUCGUGCUGGUGCACGGAUGCCAGUGGCAAAUGCUGGAAGUCUGAUUGCGGACAGAGGAGGCGCAAUUCGACCCAUUGCCUAUAUGGACCGGCCGCCCGUCGAUGCCAAUGGCAUCCUUACAGACACCGAGGGCUUCACCUUCGCUGCAGCAAACACGGCUCAUUCCCACCGAGCGCCCAUCAUCGCUCGCAACGCACCUCAGCCUCAGCAUAACGGCUCCCGAGAUGCCACUCAAGCGUCUUCCAAAGCAGUGCACAACGAAGCGCCGCCACCGCCGCCGCCACCGCCGCCACCGCACCCUUCGAAGCACCAGCACAAUCGGAUGAAAGAAAUUACACAAGCACUACAUGCAGCGCAUGAUGGCCCGCCACCGAUCGCCCAGCCUCGUGGGACACAUCAUGAUCAUGCGAAGGAGCCCACCCAAGCGCCCAAUGCAGCACAUCAUGGACCAUCAACGACGAUUCAGCAGCGUGGAUCACGUCACGAUCAACCGGGAGAGUCCACUCAGAUGCUAAACGUAGCAUCUCAGAAUUUGCCAGUACCUCAGCCUGGCGGGCCACAGCAAUCGGAGCACCAUACCGAACGCACCGGCACCGCCAAUCAGUCCCUCCAUCGAGCACCGCAAGAUCACGGCCGCGAGGGCAAGAGGAAGCCCAAGAAGAUCAACACUGCCGCCGCUUUAGCACAGCAGACGCAAUCGAACCAGCUGCUGCCUAACGAGCAAGACGCCGUUGCAGAUCAGCGCACGACCAAAUCUCGACGAGGUAGCGAGUCGAGAGCGGGAAGCGCGCAAGUGCAGAUCGAGAAGCCUGUCGAACUCGACUACGAAGCCAGCAAGCUCUUCGCGAUGAAAUACGAAGAAUUGAAAGCGGCAUCGUUUGAUGUGGACCCGAAACUUGGGGCUGUCGACCUUGCUCCAGAGCACAACACGUUGGAGGAAAAGUUGUCCGUCGUUGCCAGAACGAACGACACCAUGAAGAGCAAGUUCUUCGCGGGACUCACAAUCAACGAGUGGGAGGAUGCGGGCGACUGGUUCCUGCAGCGGUUCGGAGAGGUCGCUAGCAAGCUCAAGGACAAUCGCCAAAAGAAGCGCAAAAUUGCACAGGAGUUCGAAGACGAGGUUGAGAAACGUCAUGGUGCAGUGUCGAAGAAGAUGAAUAUCACAACGGACGCAUUGUCUCUCAUGAAGCAGAGCGGUGCACAGGUGCUCGAGGGCACGCCGAAGAAGGCGAAGAAGACGAAGAAGUGA